AUGGAAAAAAAUGGAAAGCGUUUAAACGUAUCACAUGCAAGUCAGAAAGUCAGCGCAUGCACUCAUAUGGAUGAUACAUGCAGUGUUGUUAUCGAGGAUUUGGUAAAUACACAUAACGUGAAACCAGAAUCAGUGGAAACAUGGUUAGCACCAUUUGGUGUUAUUAAAUCUAUAUCUAUUUACCGACGUGUGAUCUUCGUGGAGUUCGAAAGUCCUUCGGCGGCGGAAAAUGUCAUAACUAGUGAAAAUGGGAAGAUGUUUCAGAAUAGUUAUGUGUCCAUACGAAGUCCGCAACCAUGGGAUUUGAUGGUUGCUGGAGAUCUUGUCACGAAAUACGAAGUGCCAACUUCAUCUGAAACCAAUAAAGAAGCUGACGCGGAAGUAAAAGAUGAAAAUGCAUCAAAUGACAAUGUUCACACGGAGGUUGAGGAGGUAAAAAAAUUAAUUACACAUAUAAAAUAUUUGGAUAAUGAUGAACUCUGGACGUUGUAUAAUGCAUUACAAGAUAUGCGAAAUGAAAGGGGAGCGAAGACUAAAGUUAAAAUUCUUCCUUCUGGUCGACCUUGGCUCGAUUCAACAGGCAAAAGUCUAUUCACUGAAAGAACUGAAACAUUACACAAACUAGAAUUAGAAGAUAGUAAAGUAAAUCGUCGUCGUUUUAUUCAAUGUGACAAACUAUACACUGAAGCCAGGAAUGAAUGCGAAAAAGCAUGGUUCAAUAUAAUUGACCAAGAAAUUAAUACGUGUAAUGCUCCUAUACUUCCAGAAGAUAUGAACAACAUAUCGUUCACUCCAGAAGUUGCAGCCCCCCAACCUCAGAUAAAUGGUCCUGUAUAUGAUUCCACAGGAUUUCUCAUGCCAUAUCCCAAUCAUUUUUCUUCAGAUACUUGCUACAAUGGAUAUUCUGCUGUAUAA